AUGGCUUCACACAAAGAAGGCUUGUUACCAGACUCACCCCCUUUGUCCCUGGCGAGAGUACAAAAGCGAAGGACACGCUCUUCGUUCAGCUGGAAUUCCCAAGACCAUCACUCCCAGUGCCAUCAAGCAACCAGACUGCAACGAAGGCAACUCUUUCUUGUACUUGCUCAGCUCCAACGCCUGUCAAAGGACGAAGAAGAACGCAAGAAGCAAGCUCAAGAUUCAUUCACCACUGUUCCAACACUCUCAAGCACGCCGGUCGAGCUCUUCUCGACAAGCUCUCAGAAUGGAAUUCCUCCUUACAACCCACAUACAACAACAGCACUAGAAACAGGUGCAACCAUGCCAGUUUCAGUGUCCAGCCUCGCGGCUGAGGAUGCCAACAUUGUGCAAUGGGCGUUUUCGGGACAAUAUGACUCGAACGUGCCAGUGCUCAUCGAUGCCGAAGAGCCCACCCGCUACAUCACCAAGGAGAAGGCCAUUCAACUCACGGCAAACCUCACCGGCGCCUUCGAAGAGAACACCACCGUCUGCCUGAACAUCCCCAACGACAUCGUCUACCCGAUCCUGUGCUACGCCAUCUGGGCCUCCAAGUGCCGCUGGACCGGCGUCAACCCUGGCUACCAGAGCGUCGACCUGACGCACCAUUUCCGCACAUCGGAGACCAAAUAUGUCAUCACAUGCGAAGAGCAGCUUGAGAAGAUCCGCGAGGCGGUUCGAGACUGUGGCCGCGACGUCGAGAUCAUCCUGUACAGCGACCUCCUCAAACCACAACCCGCGAGAGAGCAGACGGCCUGUGGUGUGCACCAUGGUCAUUGUCACCGCAACCAGAGCAGCGAGUUCCGAUACCUGCACGAAUUGCAAAAGACCAAAACCCCCGAGAGCUUGUUCGAGGCAUUGUCGCAGGUCGACAACACCUCGAUCGCAGCACUCGCCAGCACUUCAGGGACUACCGGCCUGCCCAAGAUGGCCGCUCGCACUCACAAGUCACACGUCCUCGAAGCAGCCGCCGCGCAAGACAACCACGCCGCAAAGCCAUACCCCGUCCGUCGCCUGUUCUGCACUCCCAUCUUCCACUCCUUCAGCACCGGCGAGAUGGCCAUCAACAGCAUGCGCCUGGGCCAACCCACCUACUUCAUCAAGCGCUUCGACCCCAAGAUCUUCCCCCAAGCCAUCCUCGACUUUCAAAUCACCGAGACCUUCGCCCCUCCACCCCUGAUUAUGCGCCUGGUCGACAAUCCGGACGCUCACGCACAAAUCCAAAGCCUGCGCAACAUCUACUGUGGAGGCGCCCCGCUGGUCCCUGAAUUGAAGAACCGCCUCGAUGCCAUUUACCUCAACAAUCCACACGGACCCCCUCGCAUCGCACAGGUCUGGGGUAUGACCGAAGGCGGCUGGUUCACGACGUUCAAAUACGGUGAAAACGACUCGACGAAUUCUGUUGGUCGCCCUAUCCCCGGUUAUGAAAUCCGUAUCGUUCCCCGACCAGACUUUCACACCACCACCACCACCACCACGACCGGAGAAGAAACCAUCCCCGAGACAGGAGAAUUAUACAUUCGAGGCCCCAACCUCCUCAUGACUUGCUACUUCAACAACCCCGAAGCGACCGCUGACGCCUUCGAGGACGACGGUACAACCAGUGGCUGGCUCAAAACUGGCGAUGUCGGAUACAUUUCCCCCCAAGACGGUAAAGUAUACUUGAUAGAUCGCUGUAAAGACCUGAUCAAAGUCAACGGGUUCCAAGUCUCGCCGACGGAAUUGGAGAAUGCACUGCUCACUUUGCCCGGGAUCGCUGAUGCGGGAGUUGUGGGUGCGUUGUCGGGCACAACGGGGGAACAUCCUGUGGCGUUUGUGGUUCGACAAGUUGUGCAUGAUGAUGAGGAGGAGGAGGAGGAGAAGAAGGGAAGUGGUGAAGAUGGAUUGAUUACGAAAGAACAAGUCAAAGCGAGAUUGAGAAGACAAUUGGCGAGUUAUAAAGUUUCGAUGAUGGAAGUCGUGUUUUUGGACGCGUUGCCAAAGUCUAUCACAGGGAAGAUCUUGAGGGGCAAGUUGAGGGAACUUUGUUGA